AUGGAGGCAGUGAUACAGGCACAAUCAGAGAUGGAGGCAGUGACACAGGCACAAUCAGAGAUGGAGGCAGUGAUACAGGAACAAUCAGAGAUGGAGGCAGUGACACAGGCACAAUCAGAGAUGGAGGCAGUGACACAGGUGCAAUCAGAGAUGGAGGCAGUGACACAGGUGCAAUCAGAGAUGGAGGCAGUGACACAGGUACAAUCAGAGAUGGAGGCAGUGACACAGGCACAAUCAGAGAUGGAGGCAGUGACACAGGCACAAUCAGAGAUGGAGGCAUUGAUACAGGCACAAUCAGAGAUGGAGGCAGUGACACAGGCACAAUCAGAGACACAGCCAGUGACACAGGAACAAUCAGAGACACAACCAGUGACACAGGAACAAUCAGAGACACAGCCAGUGACACAGGGACAAUCAGAGACACAACCAGUGACACAGGAACAAUCAGAGACACAACCAGUGACACAGGAACAAUCAGAGACACAACCAGUGACACAGGAACAAUCAGAGACACAACCAGUGACACAGGAACAAUCAGAGACACAACCAGUGACACAGGAACAAUCAGAGACACAACCAGUGACACAGGAACAAUCAGAGACACAGCCAGUGACACAGGAACAAUCAGACACAACCAGUGACACAGGCACAAUCAGAGACACAGCCAGUGACACAGGGACAAUCAGAGACACAGCCAGUGACACAGGAACAAUCAGAGACACAGCCAGUGACACAGGAACAAUCAGAGACACAGCCAGUGACACAGGAACAAUCAGAGACACAAUCAGUGACACAGGAACAAUCAGAGACACAGCCAGUGACACAGGAACAAUCAGAGACACAGCCAGUGACACAGGAACAAUCAGAGACACAGCCAGUGACACAGGAACAAUCAGAGACACAACCAGUGACACAGGCACAAUCAGAGAACACAGCCAGUGA